GCACUUGAAGAUGAUGUUCCAGAUGGUGGAACCGGAGCUUGGAUGAUGGUGGCAGGUGGUUUCUUAUUGUCUUUCAUCACAUUUGGGUACUUUGUUUCGUGGGGAACAUAUCAGGCAUAUUACGAAACAGUCUUGUUGGUUGAUAAUACACCAUUCCAGAUGUAUGUUCUUCCAGUUUGUUAUUCGCUCAUCUUCCUCCCCGGCCUUCUGGCUGGCCGCCUUUUCGACCUUGGUUACUUCAAGCAAACAUUAAUAUUUUCGCUUUCUGCCAUGACUAUAGCAAACUUCCUCACUGCCGAAUGUACGAAGUACUGGCAAUUUAUCCUUUGUCAGGGGCUACUUCUUGGGGUGAGUUGCUGCUGUAUAUACAUUCCGUGUAUUGCAGUUGUCUCUCAUUGGUUCAAGCUACGUCGACCAUUGGCAUUUGCGAUAGUUUCAUUUGGCAGUUCUGUGGGCGGGAUUGUAUAUCCUAUCAUUAUACGCAAUAUGCUCCCGGCUGUUGGGUUCAGAUGGACAGUUCGAGCUAUAGCGUUUAUCAACACCGCUGCAUCAAUCAUUGCAAUUUUUACUAUGCGCAGUCGACUUCCUCCUCCAAGUGUACUGCCGCAGUUAUUUGAUGUUCAUACGUUCACCUUGCCUGCAUAUGUAUUUUAUGUUCUUUCAACAUUCAUAUGCUUUCUUGGUCUUUAUACUCCACUUACAUUCCUUAGUGUAAGUGCCGAGUUAAUUGGCAUCGACUCCAAGUUUGCCUUUUAUCUUGUUGCAAUUGCAAAUGGAGCCUCAGCAAUUGGUCGCCUGACUAGUGGAGCAAUUGCUGUAAAGUAUGGCCCUGUCAACGUCAUGGUUAUUUUUACAGCCCUUGCUGCAGCAUUUACUUACAGUUGGCCAUUUGUGGAAACUAAGAGUGCAUUUGUUACUGUAACGGUUUUGUAUGGGAUUACGUCUGGUGCAUUUAUCUGUCUCUUUGCUAUCCCUGUUGCUCACCUUGGUGCAACACAUGAUGUUGGCCGAAGAACUGGAAUGCAGAUGACUAUUAUGGCUUUUGGUGCUUUGGCUGGCCCACCUAUCUCAGGUGCAAUCAAGCAGAAGCAUAGUACUUUCAAGGAGGUUGGCAUCUAUUCAGGAACUAUGGUUGCUAUCUCUAUUGUCCUAAUGUUACUAAGCAAGUUUUAUGCACUAAAAAAACUGUAUCAUGGAAAGUUUUAG